UUUUACUGGACAAAGGUAGCUUUCAUGGAAAGGACUUUACACUUGUUAUUUUUACCUCUCGUGUAAAACAAACUUUUAAUUCGUUACCCAAAAUUAUAAUUAAAUGAUAAUCAUUGAUUAUUUAUUCCUUACCCUUGUUUCUUCUCCUUCCAUGCAUCAUCAUCACCCUAAUUAUAAUCAAACCUAGACCAUCUAAUUACGACACUCCACUACUACUGGUACUAGUAACAAUUCCGAUGUUGACUGUGUACGGUCAAGAAAGGUCAGCGGACACCACCUCAAGUACGGCCGAUGCUUCCGAUAGCCGGGAUCAGACACCGGAGACCGUCGUGAGAGAUAUUCACGCGAUGACGACGACUACGGAGCUUUCUCGGCCACAACAACAAAGGGCAGGUGGAGGAUACUUGUCUCCGUCUGGGUCUAUUGCUUUUAGCGACGGAACUACUUCUUCCGGGGAGAAUUUCACCACCGUGAGCAGAGAGUUCAACGCUCUAGUCAUCGCCGGCUCUUCCAUGGACAACAACAGCGGGAAUAACCAAUCAGGUAGCAGUCAUCGUGACGUCAUACGUGACGAAAGAAACGAGCUGACCAGGAUCGGGGAAAACGACGAUGUUGGAGAUCAUGAUCACCAGGUGCCUGAGGAAGACUCGAAUCCUUGGGCGAUUGUACCGGACGGUUACAAUAACCGGGACGGUUCGGAGGACAAUAACAUCGUGUUGACGUCAUCAGGUGGUCAGAAUCGGAUGGUGGCGACUGCUUCGGUGCAGAGGGUUAAGAGGGAGGAGGUUGAAGCCAAGAUAACGGCGUGGCAAACGGCGAAGGUGGCCAAGAUUAAUAAUAGGUUUAAGAGACAAGACGCCGUUAUUAACGGUUGGUUGAAUGAGCAGGUUCAUAAAGCUAACUCUUGGAUGAAGAAAAUCGAGAGGAAAUUGGAAGAAAGGAGAGCCAAGGCGAUGGAGAAAACACAAAACAAAGUGGCUAAAGCUCAGAGGAAGGCAGAGGAGAGGAGAGCGACGGCCGAAGGAAAAAGAGGGACUGAGGUUGCUAGAGUUCUUGAAGUCGCUAAUCUCAUGAGAGCCGUGGGACGACCUCCGGCCAAAAGAUCCUUCUUCACUUUCUCCUAGCUCAUUUUAAUUAUACCAAAUAAAUUCCCAAUAUAUAUAGGCUACAAAAGGACCAUUUUGUGUUGGAAAAUCAAUUAAUGUGUAUAUAUAUUGAAUGUAAUGGUUUUAAAGGCACUGAUAAAUAUUUGUAAUUGUUUGCUUUAUACUUUGUUGCACCACAAAAGACUAAAUCAAAUGUUGUUUGUGAGCCAGGAAAAUAAAAAAAAGAUUGAAGCUCUUAUUA